UAGGGUUUCUCCCACCGCACGCCGCCAGCUGCUGAAUUUACUGCCAGUUCCUUCCAAUCCCGCAGGAAUGCAAAUCCCCGUCCGUCACCAGAGUGCCAGAUAUUAAUAUGAAAGACCCAGUGACCCGUAAAAUUGCGCAUCUGGACCGCCUCGGCGUGACGCAAGCGGGCGUAUUUAGGUGAAUUGGAGAAGUUGGGACCGAGGAGUGAAGAUCUUUACUGAUUCCGACAGCACAGGAAACUUGGAAGUGAAGGACAGAUCGCAGCGGCGGUGAAAGUGCCUGUCACCCCUUUCGGAUCAGGAUUCCAUGAGUGCCUUCACCAUGUCUGUCCUAACUCGGGCGAUCGUCAUUCUCGGGACUUUAACAUUGACCUCACCAGCACAGGGAGACCAAGGAACAGUGCCCGUCUCAGUCAACUGUUCCACCAGAGGAACUUACUUAAAGGAGGACCAGGUGGAUGUGCUGUGCCCGCCACGGUGUGCCUAUGCCCUGCUUGCAGUCUGGGGGUCUGGCGUGUAUGCCUCAGUCUCCAGUAUCUGUUCAGCUGCUGUUCACAGCGGUGUGAUUGACAUCAAGGGAGGAGUGGUUCGUCUUCAGAAACUUCCAGGACAGGAAAAUUAUCAGGGUUCCACUGCAAAUGGGAUAAGGUCCUCAUCGCUUACACGAUGGAUGAGCUCCUUCUCAGUCUCCAAAACGGAGAGGAUAGGUCUUGAAGUAUCUGGACAGCCAAGAGCAACUGUUGUUCCAACUGCACGGGCCAUAAAGAAAAAAACUGGAAAAAGUGGGAAAAAGAAUUCAAAACCGAUAAACAAAGAUUGCAAGGCCGAUAUUGCUUUCUUAAUAGAUGGGAGCUGGAACCUUGGUAAACGCAGAUUUAACCUACAGAAGAAUUUUAUCACUAGAGUCACCAACUUGCUUGGCAUUGGGCCAGAUGGGCCACUUGUUGGCAUUGUGCAAAUCAGUGACAAUCCUAAAACAGAGUUCAUGUUGAAGGACAACAUGAAUUCAAGAGAUCUCACAGCUGCCAUUAAAAAUGUGACAUACCGAGGAGGCAACAGCUAUGUUGGCAAGGCAUUGAUGCACACAACUGAGGGCUUCUUCACCGCCAGCAAGGGGACACGGACUGGAUAUCCAAAGGUUGUCGUUAUCUUGGUGGAUGGAUGGCCCUCGGAUGACGUGGACAGUGCUGCAAAUCAAGCCAGAGAAUCUGGUAUUAAUGUCUUUAUUGUCUCAGUUGCAAAAGCCCUUCCUGAAGAGCAAAAGAUGGUGUUCGAUCCAAAUUAUGCAGAAAAGAUUGUUUGCAAAAACAAUGGAGCAUUUUCUUACGCUAUCCCAAAUUGGUUUGGUAUGUACAAGUUCAUAAAGCCUCUAGCACAAAGGAUGUGCUCUUACAACCAGAUGGCAUGCAGUAGAACAUGUCACAAUUCAGUCAACCUUGCCUUCCUAAUUGAUGGAUCGAGCAGCGUUGGGGACAACAAUUUCCGCACUGUUUUAAACUUCAUCACUGAAAUCGUGAAGCCCUUUGACAUUCAUCAGAUUGGAUCAAGAGUUGGCGCUGUUCAGUUCACAUAUGACCAGAGAACUGAAUUUGAUUUUGAUGCCCAUGUAACAAAGGAUGAUGUGCUCAAUGCCAUCAGUAGCAUCCGUUACUGGAGUGGGGGCACAGCCACUGGAGAAGCAAUUGCACACACCACGAAGAACCUCUUCGGAAAAAUUAAGAACAACAACGUAAAUGUGCUGAUUGUCAUUACUGAUGGUCAAUCUUACGAUAAUGUUGCAAGUCCAGCGACUGCGGCGCAUCAAGCAGGUGUCGUAGUUUAUUCAGUUGGAAUUUCAUGGGCAAUGCAAAAUGAACUCAAAGCGAUGGCUUCAGAACCCAAAGAUUCGCAUACUUUCUUUGCAAAGGAUUUCCCGGAUGUUCACAAGUUGGUGCCUGAUAUUCUUAAAGGAAUUUGCAACGAUUACUCACUGAGAGCGAUGUAAACCAACAGCUGCCUUCAUAUUCAAAGGGAAGGAACUACCGUUUACCAACAACAUAUUAGAUCUCUUCUGACAAUACUAACAAACAUGCUCGUGCAAUAUUUUGUAGAAAUCUAGGCCUGAAUAUUAACAAACAAUCCUGCCUGUGUUAUUACUCUGACAAUCUAUCCAAAUUGACAGCAGGAUUGGAAAAGCUUAAUCCAUUGCAUUUAUAAACAGCUAAUGUUUGAGGAAAAUGUUAUUGCGGGUUCAGUGAAUGUAUCGGAAAAACAUUGUUGGCCAUUUGAUUUCAGUGACAAGUAACCUCAGUUAAAACUAAAUACAAAAUGCAUUUAAUGUGUUUUGUUUGCUUCAAUGUUAUGUAACAUACUCUGCAAAAUAUCUUAGUUUUCAAUAAAUCCCAGUCUAUUAUUACAUUUGAGUAUGUAAGUUGGUAUUAUAUUUAACAUAAUUACAGUCCACAUCAAUUUAUUAACCCUAAAGGGGCUGUCCCACUUGGGCGACCUAAUUGGUGAGUUUAGAAAAGUUUGAAAAAAAUGACAUGUUGAAGACCAGCUUCGACUAGCUAUGACUAACUUCGGAAAAAUUGGACACCAAAUAGUGGAGAGUGAAGACAAUCUCCUUCGACCUCCCUUCGAUUACCCAUGAUUACCUACGACUAACAUGCUGACGUACUACGACUAAACCUGCGAGUAAAAAAAGUAUCGAUUUUUUCCAUGGCGACCUUUUUUUACUCGCAGGCAUUUUUUAACACAUUGAAAAAAAACGCCGCGACCUAGCUGAGGGCUCAAGUACGUGGAGACCACCCUCGUGCAUGAAGGAGAGUUAUGAAGACCUCCUACGACCUUGUGACGACCAUGCUACGAGUAUGAGUCGAGGGCAAACCCGCCAGAACACGCGGAUUAGGUCGCCCAAGUGGGACAGGCCCUUAAAAGAGUGCUUUUAUUAUUAAUAAACAACCCUCUUCAAAAUGGAACUGACCUCAAGCACUCAGUCUCCCUCUGUUUUAGUUUCAGAAUGUAUUCUUUCUGUAAAAAAAAACUGUCUUCCAAAACAAACUUAUAGCGGCAUGAAUCAUUUAUUUUUUAGCAGUGAAACUUUCUGAUAUGUAAUUUUUAAAAACUUUUAUUACAAACUGUAAAUGUUACAAAAUACUCACCAUAAUCUUAAAAGAAUUACUGAAUUUUAUCCAGGAUCUGUCAGAAAUAAAGUCAUUACGGCAGUUGAAA